UGAUUGUUUUUGUUUCCUUUUAUUGGUCUUAAUUCUUAAGACGUUUAAUUGAUUAGUUUAAUUGUUUUUUUUUCUUUUUUACCUUUGUUAAGUCGUUUUGUGGAUUAUGUUUAAAUCGUUUAGAUUUAACUGGAUUUUCUUGGAUUGAUUGUUAAGUCUAGUGGGUUUUACUUUUGGUUUGUUAUAUUGUUGGUGAGAUUAUCGGUUUCAUGUUUUAUAAUUAUGACGACUCAUUUGAAUAAAAAUGAUACUUCAUUGUGGCUUCAUAAUAAAUUGGGUAAUGUUAAUGAUUUAUGGUCUGGUGGUUCAAUUUGUUCACAAUUAAAUGGAGAUGUUUUGAAAAAUAUUCGUGAUUGUUUUCCUGAUUUACAAUCAUUGGUUAAAUUGAAAUUGUUAUGUUCUUUUCUACAUUUACCAAGGAAAAAUGUUGAACUGUGGAAAUCUGAAUUGGAUGAGAUUAUUGAAUUGGCUACAAUUGACACCGAUCAAUGGGUUACUAUGAUUGCUGAACUAUUGAAGAGUUUUCCUGAGACUGGUAAUAUAAAUUUUGAUAUUGACGAGAAUGCAACAGUUUUUUCUGAUUUAAUUGGGGAAUUAAAGAAAUCAGCAAAGAAACCAUCUGAUCCUGGAAUUUUACCAAUUGAAUCACUUUACCUUAAUACAAAUGCGUUUAUUGCACAAAUUGGAGUGAAACCCCACCAACCAAUUAAACAUUUUACAUUAAGAAGAAAACCAAAAUCUGCUGCUUUAAGAGCAGAACUUUUACAUAAAUCUAACGAAGUCGCAACAAGUAGUAAGAAAAACACUACAACACCUGUUGCUGCUGCGAGAUACAGAGGAUCUAAAGAGUUAAAUGACAAUACUCCUCUAAAAGGUAUUCCAAGUCGUACAUCAUUUGGAACAUCAUCAACAUCAUCAUCACAAUCAACAAAACACCCAAUCCCGCCAAUAGCGCGGGAAGUGCGUAAUCCAACAAGACCAACAAUACCUGGAGUUCGUCGUGAUGGUGGAAUUAAAUUAUUGGAUAUUGGUGAACAACCAUUAGGACGAGAUGCUAAACGUAAGAAACGUAAUCAAGAAGAACAAGAAGCGAAACAAAAAGAAAAUGACAAAACAAAUGGACAACAAGAUUCAACAGCGACUCCUGAUUAUGCUUUGGGUCUCACAUCAAUGGUCCCUCCAAGUCCAGCCCCAGCUUAUUCAGUUCCACCAACACCCGGUCCAUAUUUAGGUGAAACCUCAGCAACAUCAACGUCAACACCGACCACACCAACUACUCCAACGACACCAACAUUAUCGUCAACAAUCACUAAAACAAAAGAAAUUAAAGAAGAACCUAAACCAUCAAGUUCUAGUUCAUCACCAACAAAGAUAAAAUCAGAAGUCGAAACAACAGCAUCAAUACCAAUGAAUGAAACAAUUAUUCCAUCAACCUCAACCUCAUCUUCAUCUUCAUCUUUAUCUACUCCAUCCACAAUUGUACCAAAUCCACAAGUUUCUCCUACAAAAACUCAAUCAAAUUCCGUUCAAAUCACAAUUGUACCAAACAGAACACUAGGUCAACAAUCAACUACAAUUGUACAGUCAGCUAAUCAACAGGUGAUCCAACAAGUCCAAAGAUCUGUUAUUCAACAAUCCACUACAUCAAUUACACCAGUAGCUUCAGCUACUCCUAUGGUAUCAACAACACCAACUUCUGGUCUAACACUAACACCAGCACCAUCAACAACACCAACAACAAACACAACAGCUCCUAGAUUACAAUUAUCCCAGAGACAGAUAAUGGAAGCUCAAGAGCUAUUCAAGAACUCAAAUUCUGUUGGUAAAGUGGAAAAAGCGUUAAUAUUAAGUUUCAUGGGAGGAUCACGAGAAAAUCCUUGUCCACAUUUAGGUGAUAUUGUUACAAUUAAAUUAAGCGAAAAAGAGGAACAACUCCGCCAACCUGAUGGAACAAUAAUCAAUGUUAUCGCCGAAAAUCAUUAUCAAAUGAAUUAUAGUUCAGGAGAAGCUAAACAAAUCAAAAGAUUACGAAGAGCUCAAGUUUAAUCAAUCCAAUUAAAGUAACAUGAUACUACGACAAUCUAACGCAUCUUGGUGUCUUUACAUGUACACAUCUACUGAGACUUAUUACAAAUUCUCUGGUCAAACUUCAAGUCAACAUCGAGCUCUUUUUCUUGAUUAAAUCAAAUCUCAAAUUUAA